AACACACUCUUUCACUAAAAACAGGAGGGAGGUGACUUUUGGUUUGCCCCAUAACGGCGAGGAUAGCCUCUAACUGAUGUCACGUUGCAGUAAGCUGUGUGUUUGCAGUGCUGAGGAACUGGACGGCAGGUCCCAACAUCAGGAGCAGAGCCACUCCCCUUUCCUGAGCUGAGCUUGGAGGGGAAACCCAGGCUUUAAAAGUUUCAUUUCACAUAGAAGAGAGUCUCUCGCUGGACUCACACCCACCAGCCCACUCUUUUCGGACAUCUCCAACCUGAAAGCGACCGUGUCAGGAUGGCAAACUCCAAAUCUUCUCAGACUACUCGUAACAUUGUGAUCGCCUGCCUGGCUCUGUGGUCGAUCAUUUCGCUUAUUAUUAUUGUGGUAUGGGCCACUUCGCCUGAUAUGAAAGGAGCCAGUCAGUGUCGCAAGGAAAUGCAAGCCCUAUCGGAGAGGCAUGAUGGGGCAAAAGUCGAGUGGACCAAAAACCGAAGAGCCCUCGAGGAUCUGGUGAGACAGGGAUGGAGGAACCAGACUACCCUACAGAAGCAAAUCGACCAGAACAUGGAGCAAAUACAGACACUGAUUUUGUCUUUGAAUGACAGCCGGCGAGAAAAUGCCAUUCUGACUGAAAACAUCACAAUUUUGGAGAGCAAGAUUAAGGAAUACAAACUCAUCGAGGGAAACCUCACUACAGAAAUCAGCCUGCAGAAAGACCAUAUUGAAGCCCUGGAGCACAAUUUGACCCUGAAGGCCCAGGAGUUGGCAUCUUGUGAGGCUUUUCACCUCGCUUCCAAACAGCUCCAAACUGCCGCAGAGAAACAGUCACAGGUCUGCGAGACCACCAAGCAAUAUUUAGACAGGCAACUCGCAAAGUGCAAAGACCACCAUGGACAUGAACCCAUAUAUAUUGAACCCAAUGACAGCGGAGUCCAAGGAAUCACCACAAGUCGUGUUACACUGGCCAUGAUUGUUUGCAUCAGUCUGCUUUUGGUACCAUAGACGAGAGGAAGGCUGGAUGAUGGAUUAUUUGGGUACAUGUUUUGGUGCAACACUGUUCUGAGGACACUGCUCAGGUGCACUUGUAACCCUGGACUUGAAGCACAUAUAAAUCUACAUUUGGAAUGCGAAGUGACAACGCAAAAUUCAUGAUAAUAUGUAGUCAAUGAAGGUAUUUGUGUUGCAAAAAUGUUUGGUGGCACGUAAAAAUUAUUGGUUGACCACAUGGACAAUUUAUUCACCUUAUUCAACAAAUGUAUGCUGUACUUCAUUGGUGGUAACUUUUUUUUCUUUAGUUAUUUUUUAUUACAAAAAAUAUAUGGAUUUUACAGUCUAGAUGUUUCAGAAUUGUAUUUAUUUUGUUUAAAGUAACCAGGCUAAUAUGCCAAAGAGCUAUUUGGAAAUUUGAUCACACUGUUUUACCACUGUCUGUUUUUUUUUGUGUUUGUUUUUUUUAAUGGAAAAUUCAUGACUUUUUGAAAGCUAUUUUUGAAUAAAAUUACAAUGUUGACUCUUUAA